GAAAUCCUCGACUGGCUUACCCUAAUUGACUACGCUCCCCAUCAGAGCGACUUUAUUAACCGGCGACAGACAGGCACCGGCCAAUGGCUUCUGGAAUCGCACGAGUUCCAGACAUGGGUGAAGAAAAGAAAGGAAACGCUCUUCUGUCCAGGUAUUCCCGGAGCCGGCAAAACAAUCCUCACAUCGAUCGUGGUAGAUGACCUGAUUACACACUUUGGAAACAACAACAGCACCGGUAUUGCAUACAUCUACUGCAAUUUUCGCAGGCAGUACAAACAGAAGGCUGUCGAUCUGCUUUCUAGUGUGUUGAAGCAGCUAAGCCAAAAGAUUUCGUCCCUACCGAAGCCCGUCAAAGACCUAUAUAACAAGCACAAAGAGAAGCGGACUCGGCCGUCACUGGAGGAUAUUGUAGGAGCACUCCAGUCUGUGGCCGCCUUUUAUUUGAGAGUUUAUAUUGUAGUCGACGCCCUUGAUGAGUGCCAAUCAUCAGAGGGCUGUCGAACAGAAUUCCUAAAAGAGAUUUUUGACCUUCAAAAGACGUCCGGAGCAAACCUCUUUACAACCUCAAGAUUUAUACCAGAGAUUGUAAAUAGCUUUAGCGAACACCCGUCUCUGGAAAUCCGUGCAAGCGAGGAAGAUAUUAAGCGAUAUCUGGAUAGACACAUAAAGCAUCUCUCAGGCUUUGCCGAGUGGAAUCAACAAUUGCGGGAUGAGGUCACGAAGGUAAUAUUGGGAGCUGUCGACGGAAUGUUUUUAUUAGCACAGGUCUACCUCAACUCACUUGAUGACAAGACUACUACAAGAGCUGUCAGAAAGGCAUUGAAGCAGCUACAAAAGCACAGCCCGAAGUCGAUCGAGGGACAGGAGUGCGAGGUCUUGAAUCAUGCGUACAACGAUACAAUGAAAAGGAUCAACAGGCAAAAGAAAGGCUUUCAGAAACUUGCCCAGGAAGUUCUAUCAUGGAUCACCUGCGCUAAGAGACCUCUAACUACAUCUGAACUUCAAUAUGCGCUGGCCGUAGAAGUUGGAGACUCUGAGCCUAGCGAAGAUAAUAUUGCGCCAAUCGAAAGAAUGAUCUCGGUAUGCGCUGGGUUAGUCACCGUCGACAAAGAAAGCAGCAUCAUCCGGCUAGUCCAUUACACGACGCAAGAAUACUUUGAGAAAACGCAAAGCAAGUGGUUUCCUGACGCGCAUAUGAAGAUCGCAACAAUCUGUAUUACCUACUUAUCUUUUAGUGUCUUCGAGAGCGGAUUCUGUCGAACAGACCAGGCAUUUAAAGACCGGUUACUGUCCAGCCCUCUCUAUGAUUAUGCUGCCCGCAACUGGGGACAUCAUGCUCGCGCGGCAUCGAUCGAAAGGGACAAGUUCAUCCUAGAUUUCCUCGAAAGUACGGCUAAGGUCUCUGGUUGCAGUCAGGCGAUGAUGUCUGAUAGAGAGUAUCAUUUCCAUAAUUUUAGUCAAGAUAUCCCCAAGCAAAUGACAGGGAUACAUCUUGCAGCAUAUUUUGGACUAAGCGGUACGGUUGUGGAAUUAAUCAAAAAAGGGCAUAAUCCAGAGGUUUGUGAUACUUUCGGACGAUCAGGGCUGUUAUACGCUGUAUGGAACGGACAUGAGGCGGUUGUCAAGCAGCUGCUCGACAAUGGUGCUGACCUGGAGUGCAAGGACAAAGAAUAUGGUCGCACAUUGCUAUCGUGGGCUGCACAAUAUGGGCAUGAGGCCGUUGUUAGACUGCUGCUCGAGAAGGGUGCUGACAUAGAGUCGAAAGACAAGGAAUAUGGCCGGACGCCACUAGCACACGCUGCGCGGAGAGGACACGAGGCAGUCGCUAGGAUGCUGCUCGAGAAGGGUGCUAACAUGGAGUCCAGAUCUAAAUCUGGCCGGACACCCUUAUCUUGGGCUGCACGGAGAGGUCACGAGGCAAUCAGAAUUAUUAAACUGUUAAUUGAAACUGGUGUUAACCUAGAAUGCAAAGAUAAAGAAUUUUGCCGGACAUCUCUGUCAUGGGCUGCACAAUAUGGGAAUACAGAAGUUGUUAAGCUGCUGCUUGAAAGUGGCGCUGACCCGAAGUUCAAAGACAAUGAGUAUGGCCAGACGCCAUUAUCAUGGGCUGCACGGAGAGGGCAUGAAUCAAUUAUCAAGCUGUUGCUUGAAAAGGGUGCUGAUAUAGAAUCGAAAGAUACGUACGGUCGAACACCGUUGUCUUACGCUGCUGGAAAUGGCCUCGAGAGGGUUAUCAAUCUGCUGCUCAAGGAGGGUGCU